AUGACCAAGCCUACUGGCGAGCAGCCCAAGCAGAUGUACGCUGGCCAGUCUUCGCUGCCCCUCCUCCCCGUUCCCGCGCUGGAGGAGACGCUGAAGAAGUACCUGCGCACCACGCUGCCCCUGCACAAGAACGCCGAAUCGGAGGCGCGCACUAGCCAGGCGGUCGAAUCCGCGCUCAAGGGCAAGGACGCCGCCCUGAUGCAGAAGCUGCAGGACCGUCUUGUGCACCGCGCCACGGCCGAGGGCCGCGAGAGCUGGCUCUACGACUGGUGGCUGUCGGGUGCGUACAUGUCCCCGCGCGACCCCCUGGUGCCGUUCGUGAGCUACUUCUUCAUGCACCGCGCCGACCCCAAGGUGAAGGACUACGUGACGCGUAGUGCGCACAUCCUCAAGGCCAUCAUGGCCUUCCGCAAGAUGGUCGUGGAUGAGACCCUUGCUCCCGAAAAGACCAAGACCGGCUUCAUGUGCAUGGCCGGCUACAAGUACCUUUUCAACUCGUGCCGCAUUCCCCAGGAGACGGAGGAUGUGACCGAGGUGUUCGACCCCGCGAAGAACAACCACGUCACCAUCAUGCGCAACGGCCACUUCUUCGAGCUGCAGCUGGUCAACCCCGUGACUGGCAAGGAGCUCAGCGUGCCCGAGAUCGAGGUGCAGCUCGACAAGAUCGUGAGCGACCCCCGCGCCCAGCAGCCGGCCGCGUCGCCGAUCGGUGUGCUUUCGUCCGACUCGCGCGACAACUGGGCCAAGGCGCGCCAGGCGCUCAUCUCGGGCCCCAACGGCGAGGUGAACAAGAAGUCUCUCGAGCGCAUCGAGAGCUCGAUCAUCGUGCUCUGCCUCGACGACCAAAAGCCCAUCUCCAUGGAGGAGCGCGGCUGGGGCAUCUGGACCGGCCAAGACCGCAACCGUUUCUACGACAAGCAGCAGUUCGUGGUCGCAGCCAACGGCACGUCGGGCUACAUCGGCGAGCACUCGAUGCUCGACGGCACCCAAACGCUCCGUAUGAACAACUUUGUCCUCAACUCGCUCGAGCAGGGCAAGAUCAACCUCGAGGGCGAGGCCUCUGGUGCGGUUCUCGAGGACCCCGUCUUCCUCGAGUUUGCGCAGGACGCCAACUCGGAGAAGGCUGUGAAGGAGUCGCAGCAGCGCUUUGCUGAGCUCAUGGGCAAGCACGCCAUGGCCGCACUCGACUUCCAGGGCUACGGCAAGGGCGCGAUCAAGCAGUACAAGUGCUCGCCCGACGCCUGGGUGCAGAUGGCCUUCCAGCUCGCCUUCUACCGCCUGUUUGGCCGCGUGUGCGCCACCUACGAGGCGGCGCAGACCCGCAAGUUCAAGCUCGGCCGUACCGAGACCAUCCGCUCGUGCAGCGUCGAGAGCAAGGCCUUUGUCGAGGCGAUGGAGAACACGAGCGCUUCGGACGCCGAGCGCCUGAAGGCGUUCCAAACCGCCGCCGCGCAGCACAUCAAGUACGCCAAGGAAUGCUCCGACGCGCACGGUGUGGACCGCCACCUGCUUGGUCUCAAGAAGCUGAUCCAGCAGGGCGAGGAAUUCCCUGCCAUCUUCCAGGACCCGAUCAACGCCGAGAGCGGCACCUGGAUCCUCAGCACCUCGCAGAUGUCGACCGACGUGUUCGACGGCUGGGGCUUCGGUGAGGUGACCCCCAAGGGCUUCGGUGUUGCCUACGGCAUCAAGGAGAACUCGCUCUCUUUCACACUGGUCUGCCUCAAGGAGGAGCACAACCCUGUGCGCAUGACCGAAUACCUCAACCGCGCGCUGCUCGACAUCCGCGACAUGCACGACCGCACUGCGCAGAAGCCCAAGAUGUAG